GGGAAUCGAGCAUCUGUUCUCUCCAGGUCCGCCGUUUAGCACCUCCCCUACUAACGCGAACUUGUACAUCUGAGAGAUGUCAGAAAAUCAGUCGGGACGAGUUGCAUUAAUUAGCGCCAAAGAAUGGACGAAUGCGUGUCCGUGACUAAGUUCUUGUUUGCUUGUGGUUCCAUAGCAUACAUCGGCAAAUUGACUGGUUAUGAGGACUACACGACGAAUCGGACCCGUUACAUGAAAUUCGAGGGUAUACGCUACGCCCACAAGUCUUUCUCAGAGUCGCGUUUCCUGGAACCGUAUCCAAUCACUACAAACGAGAGCAUAGGGCGGAGGGUGGAUUGUAUGGAGGUAAAUCCGGAAGAUGGUUUACUGAUUGGUGAAGAAGACUGCCUCUUCCUUAAUGUCUUCGUUCCUCUACUAGACGAAAAAAAGUCGAUGCCGGUCAUGAUAUGGAUCCACGGAAGGGCUUUCCCUCUGAGGAACAACAGAGUGUCUAUAUACAACCCGGAGCCGCUCAUGGAUCAUGAGAUGAUCGUUGUGACGUUGGCAUACCGGCUGGGUCCACUUGGUGUCGACCAUUGGAGGGAACCGUUGGUGGAUUUUGGUGUCAAAGACCAGCAGAUGGCUAUAAAAUGGGUCUUGAAGAAUAUCCACAUGUUCGGCGGUGACCCGGAGAAGAUAACUCUGGCCGGGGAGAGCGGGGGCGCAGUGUACGCCCUUCACCACGUCAACGGCUACUUCAAAGGAAAGGUGCGAAAGGCGAUCGCCCUAAGCGGGUUCAGGUACUCCCAGUGGGCCAUGACCCUUCAGCGCUGGACCAAGAGCCAAACCCAGGAGCUUUUCCACUCGCUCAAAUGCGAUAAUAUAGAAUGCAUGAGGGAAAAAAGCGCGAAGGAUAUCGUUCGCAAUGCCUACGAGCUUAACAAAAAGAACCGUUGGCUUUGGCGGAAUAUAUUUGACGCGUUCCGGCCUGGUGUUUGCUUCAAAGCAUUUGAGGCCGAGCCAUGGUUUAAAGCGAAGGAAAAGGGUAACCAUUCUCUGCUCAUCGGUCUGAGGAGACACGAAGGGGACAUCAUAGACGAAUUUUCAUCUAUGUAUAACACAUCUGUGGUAGAGCUCGGGCGUUAUUACUGUAGGUACUCGUAUGAUACGUCAUUGUAUGGAAUGCAGCCGAGGCGAUUCUGCCGCUACCCGUUUACCGAGUCCAUAUCAUCCCUUUACCAUCCGGAUUUUGACUUGGUAACGGGUAUCAAAAAGGCUGUCGGAGACGGCUGGGUCGUUUUCCCGGCCUGCGUUGAAGUCUCUUUACACCCCGGAAACUUGGAAGGGUUCAUGUAUGAAUCCAGGAUGUGCGGGGCGAUUCCGCACUGCACACUGCAGUGCAAGGUGCCGUUCAUGAAGAUCGAUGACGGAUGCCCUCCAUACCGCGAAGAAUACGAACCGGUAGCUAGCCAGUUCAGGAACGUCAUCGCCGAUUUCGUACACGGAAGGAAUCUCACAAUGAAGCAUUUCAUCGAAGACAACGACUUUUUCAACAUCACGGACCCUCUGAUUAACCCAGUCUCUUACUCCCACUACUUCAUAAGUCCGGAUUUGGCCGUGAGAAUGGAUGCUUGGACGAAAUAUUAUUUCAAGUAUUUGUCAUAGUUGUCAUACUGUAAUAAACCAUAAUGACACUUCA